UUGGAAGAUAAAUAAAGCAUUGCUUUCAAAGCAAGAAAUAAGGCAAAGCAAGAUAAAAAAUAAAGAUGGAGAACACCAAAACCUCUGUUAUCCUCUGCCUUGCCCUCUUCCUUGUCUUCUCUUCGGCCUCGGCCUUUGACAUCGUCAAGCUUCUUGAGAAGCAGUCGGAACUGAGCAGCUUCACCAACUACCUCAAGGAGACCAAGCUCGGCGACGAGAUCAACAAGCGCAGCACCAUCACAGUGUUGGCAGUGGACAACGGGGGCAUGUCAAGCAUCUCCGGAAAAUCCCAAGAUGUGAUCAAGAAGAUCCUGAGCGCACACGUGGUUUUGGAUUACUUCGACCAGAAGAAACUGACCAGUUUGGCUGGUUCCAGCAAGGAAUCGACCCUAACCACAAUGCUCCAGUCCUCUGGCCAGGCCAAGGACCAGCAAGGGUUCAUCAUUGUCGGUAAGAGCGAUGGAGAAAUUGCUUUCGGAUCAGCUGUCAAGGGCGGCAAGCUCAACGCCAAGCUCGUGAAAGCCGUUGUCUCUCAGCCCUACAACAUUUCAGUUCUUCAAAUCUCAAAUGCGAUUGAAAUUCCCGACAUUUCUGCUGCCUCUAGCCCUGCCGGCUCGCCAAAGUCCUCCGCAUCAUCAGCUUCUUCUCCAUCAAGCAAAUCAUCCUCUGAUGCUCCCAGUCCCUCCGAUGACAGUGCCCCAAGCCAAUCACCCAAGUCAUCAAAGGCACCCUCGCCGUCGGAUGACGUUUCAUCCCCACCGGUUUCUGGUGAUGCUACACCUUCAUCCUCACCAUCUAGUGAUGGACCAACCGGAUCAUCAAGCUCUGCACCUUCACCGUCUGCUGCUUCACGCGCUGAGAUGGCUUUUGGCACCGGAGUGGUGAUCAUGGGUUUGGCUUCCCUUUUGGUUGCUUAAAUUUUCUUCAGUAAAUGAGGAGAUGAAAAAGAAAAUGUAGGAACGGAAAAGAUUAAACUUAAAGGGUACAUGGUUAGUGGUUUUGUGUGGUAAAUGGAUAGAACAUGUAAGCAGCCUUUGUUUUUAUUUAGAAAUGCAUCAGAUACCCUUUAAGUACUUUCUUUUUCUUGUGAUUUUUCUUUUUCUGCUUUCUUCUUCACUGGUUUAAUCCACAGUUCAGUUCAGUUCCUCUUGA